CGGCCCCGGUGCACGACGAGCUCGGCAUGGCUGCGCGGCGCCCCGGACCCACCGCCACCGCCGCCUUCCUCCUGCCGCUGGCCCUGCUCCUCGCCUCGGCCUGCCACCGCGGCGCCGCGCUCCACACCAAGGGCGCCCUCCCGCUCGACACCGUCACUUUCUACAAGGUGAUCCCGAAGCAUAAGUUUGUCCUGGUGAAAUUUGACACUCAGUACCCUUAUGGAGAGAAGCAGGACGAGUUCAAAAAAGUGGCUGAAAGCUCCGGGUCCAGCAAUGACCUGUUGGUGGCCGAAGUGGGAAUCUCAGAUUACGGCGACAAGCUGAACAUGGAGCUGGGGGAAAAAUACAAGCUGGACAAAGACGCCUACCCCGUAUUUUACUUGUUCCAAGAUGGGGACUUGGAGAAUCCGCUGCCGUACGACGGCCAAGUCAAAGCCACCGACUUGCAACGCUGGCUGAAGAGCAAAGGCAUCUACAUGGGCAUGCCGGGGUGCUUGAAGGAAUUUGACGCCUUGGCGACAAAGUUCAUGAGCACUGCGCAAGAGUCAGGGCGCAAGGCUCUUCUGGAGGAGGGCCAGAAACUUCUGGCCGCGGCCAGGGAGCCCGACCGGAAGUCGGCCGAUCAGUACGUCAAGGUCAUGACCAAAAUCCUCGCCCAGGGCGACUCCUUCGCUUCCAACGAGUUGUCCCGGAUCACCAAACUCAUCGAGGAGACCAAGAUGAGCGACGGGAAGAAAGAGGACCUCCAGAAACGCCUGAACAUCCUUACGUCCUUCCAGACGAAGAAGGAUGAGAAGGAAGAGCUUUGACGGGUCGGCACGCGAGCGAGGAGGUCAAAGCGGGUUGUGUUCCCAUCCGGUGCUCCUUGAAACAAGCAAAACCAUCCCACCGCCUUUUCCUCCAAGAGGCUGCAGAAUUUGUCCUCUUAGAGAGAUCCUGUCCUGCUGUGUUCUGUUGACAAAGGCGUCCCUCCGUUGGGGACUCCGGAGCUGCAAGAGUUCAGAACACCCUCCAUUCCCACGGUACAGGGAACCAUUCCUAGGAAAGUCAAGGGCAUUUUUGGUGGGCAGGUGGGAAGGUCUGUUAAUCCUUUGUUCAAAAAGGCAAGGGGGGUGGGGUGGGCGUCCUUCACCAGAUUUUGUAUUUAUGGGUGCUAUGUCCUUCCAAGGUCUGUUCUCAAGAUAGCUGCCUUCAGGACUUUGACGCAGCCUGUUCUUGCUUGGUGGGUUUCAAGAUGGCUGCCCGCAGAACUCUGGGUGGCUGGUUCUCAUUGGCUGAAUUUACAAGGUUAUGCCCGCACCAUCUGGCCUGCUUGACAGCUCUCUCCUCCCCCCCCCCCUUUCCCAGUCCUAGGCAAGCAAUGGAGGGUCGGGUGGGCGGCAACUGAAACUGGGUCGCUGGCUUCGUGAGGCUGGCGGUCCUCAGAACGCCACUCGCACUCGGGGCUCUUGACAGAGGAGGGUGCAAGGUGACUGCCCUUGCCGCGUUGUGCGGCCUGUGGAGGAGGCGGGGGGGGGCAGUGAGAGUGGGGUUGAUUUUGUGUAUUUUGGGGAGCACAGCUUUGGACAGAGCAACAUGUGCAUUGGGGGUUGGUGAGGAGCCGGGUGUGUGUCUUUUACUGAACAGUAUUUGCAAACGGGCUUGGGGACCAGUUAC